AUGGCGGCCGACGACAAGAAGCAUGGUUCUGAAAAGAUCGAGCACUCUGCCCCCACCAAGAUUCCAUACUUCCGUCUGGUCUUUGACCAGGGCGUCGUAACUCAGGAAAUCAUCGACUACCCAUACCCCGGCUCCGGCACAGAAGACGACCCCUACGCCGUGACAUGGAUUCCUGACGACCCGCGCAACCCCAUGAACUUCAGCGAAAUGAAGAAGUGGUCCUUUACGAUGCUUGUCGCUAUUGCGACACUGGCUGUGGCGCUGGUCUCCUCAGCCUAUACUGGAGGUGUUGAAGAGAUUGAACGCCAAUUCGGCAUUGGAAACGAAGUGGCCACGCUCGGCGUGUCGCUUUUUGUCUUGGGUUUUGCUAUCGGUCCGUUGCUUUGGGCUCCUUUGAGUGAGCUGUUCGGUCGUCAGGUUCUCUUCGCCACUACCUACGCCGCCCUCACUGCAUUCAAUGCUGGCACCGCAGGUGCUCAGAAUGCCUGGACCCUGAUCAUCCUCCGUUUCUUCGCCGGCGCCUUUGGCUCUUCGCCCCUCACCAACGCCGGUGGUGUUAUCGCUGAUAUGUUCCCUGCCAAGCAGCGUGGUGUCGCCAUGAGCCUGUUUGCUGCAGCGCCAUUUUUAGGCCCGGUGAUUGGUCCCAUCAUUGGUGGUUUUCUGGGUAUGAACGCCGGCUGGAGAUGGGUUAUGGGCUUCCUGGCCGCUUUUUCCGGAGCGGUUUGGAUCAUGGGCUUUCUGCUGAUCCCGGAGACUUAUGCGCCUGUACUUCUCCGUCGCCGCGCUGAGAAGCUCUCCAAGCUUUCGGGCAAGGUCUACCGCAGCAAAGUUGAAAUUGACCAGGGCAAGAUUUCUCUCAAGGAUUCGUUCAAAACCGCCUUGUCUCGCCCCUGGAUUCUUCUGUUCCGCGAACCCAUUGUCUUCCUGCUGUCUCUGUAUAUGGCUAUCGUUUACGGUACCUUGUACAUGAUGUUUGCCGCUUUCCCGAUUGUUUAUCAGGAACAACGUGGCUGGAGCCAGGGUAUCGGCGGCUUGGCUUUCUUGGGUAUCAUGGUUGGCAUGUUGCUUGCUGUGAUCUACACUCUCUGGGACAACAAGCGGUAUAUCAAGACCCAGGACAAGCAUGACGGUUUCGCACCCCCCGAGGCCCGUCUGCCACCUACCUUGAUUGCUUCUAUCGCAAUUCCAGUCGGUUUGUUUUGGUUUGCUUGGACCAACUACCCCUCCAUCAACUUCAUGGCAAGUAUCGCGGCCGGUGUACCCUUUGGAUUCGGAAUGGUGCUAGUCUUCCUCGGCAUCAUGAACUAUCUCAUCGAUGCCUACACCAUCUUUGCCGCCUCUGUCCUGGCCGCUAAUUCAGUCAUGCGUUCUUGCUUCGGUGCCGCCUUCCCACUGUUCACCUCCUACAUGUACCAGAACCUGGGUAUCCACUGGGCCUCCUCGAUCCCCGCGUUCUUGGCCCUCGUCUGCGUGCCCUUCCCCUUCCUAUUUUACAAGUACGGUGCCGCAAUCCGUUCCCGCUGCAAGUUCGCCGCCCAGUCAGAGGAGUUCAUUCGGAACAUCCAGGAGCAGGUCAAGGCCACUCCCGAAGAGGAAGAGGAAGUCAAGUUCGACCGCACCGAAGCCCCUGCUCCAGAUGGGUCGGUAUCCAGUGAGUCCGACUCCAUUGUUGACGAACCAUCGACGACUGCGCGCACCCGCAGCCGUGCUCAUUCGACAACGUCGGCUCGCACCUCGAUGAGCACAACGCACCGCACACCCAACUACGAAGGCAACCCGUACGACGUUGAUAGAGUCAACACCCACGAGUCCUUCAAAUAA